UCUUAACUUUAUUUUCUCCUGUUAAUGUUCUCAAUGAUUAUCGAGCAUAUGCAUUACCAUGUGGCUUCAAGCGUGUCAGUGUGCUCUUGCUCAUAAUUUUUACUAUAUCUUGUUACUAAAAUUGCAAGUUAAUUGCAAAUUACUCAGAGCUUGGAUUUUCUCCUCCAGUUGGUUAAAGGAAAGCUACCGGGAAGGUAGAUUUGUUGACGAGUUGCCUUACAUACUAAAUGAUGAUGACUACAUAUCGAAGUAUCGAGCCAGCCUAAAAGCUACAGUUCUCAGGGCAAAAGCAUGUCCUGGAGCUUUAUUUGAAGGGUAUAAUGUUUGCAUAUCAGCUCACGCUCAACCACCACCUAAAACUCUAUCCUUGAUACUCAAGUCAGCCGGUGGAAAUGUAAGUUCUCUGUUAUUGUACAAAUCUCGAGUACUAGGUUUGGUUCUCUAUAUUACAUAUACAACCACUAUAAUAUGGCUAUCCUCCCAUCUAAUGAAGAUGUGAAGUUCUCAACAAACAAGCACGUAUAUGAAUUCUAGACAUGGGUCAAUAAAUCAUAGACAUGGUGACGUGCCAUUUUUUUCUAAAAAAUAUAGGAUAGCGCUAGAACACAGUUUUAAUAUAUAUAAUUUAAAAAGUAUGUAUCAUAUUUAUAUAGAAAUUCAAAGUCAAUAAGUUUAUGUAUUUAUAUGCUUAAAAAUAAGCUUGUCCUUCACUCAAAACUUAUUCAAAGCCAAGAGUUUAAUAUGUGUGUGUGACCAAUCUUGACCUUUAUUACAUUGGAAUACUUGUUGUCUAACACAUCUACUGUACUAACUAGUGUUCAACACGUGUUCUCCGAGUGUUCCAUACAUAUUGUUUAUUGAUACACUAGCCAAACUUGAGUGUAUGUGCUUCUUAAGUCUUUAAUAUUUAUGUUUGUUUUGAUCCUAGGAAUUGAGCAUGUAAUGUAAAAAGUCUAUGCACAAGGGGUCAUAUGGCCAUCUCCGUGUUUCUUUAAUUAUCAAAUUUGUUCAAGUUUUUAA